AUGGCUCUUGCUGCAGUGUUAGAUCCCGUAACCAAAUCCUCAGCCGCGGUAUUCUACUACUCGCAGGUGAAGGACCGUUACAAUCUGGCGAUGCGAUUGUUCUCGCUGGUUGGCGGUAGUGACUCCAAGUACACCGACUUCAACACCUCGAAAAGCACCGCAACGGCAUCCUCCCACCUGGCUGCCGCGAAUUUUCUUGGAGCGAUGCGUGUCUACGGGGUGGCCACAAUCCCUAAAGUGGACACAGCACCCGGAGAUACAACAGAGGUGAUCACUCAAGUGAGUCCCGUUUUCAACCCGGUGGAUAAACCAUCAGAAAGUCGCGUGCAGGUGCCGGCUCGAGUGCCACUUGCUGUGUGUGAAGUCACCAAGGGUUCUGUCAGCACUGGCUAUAUGUCGUAUCUCAAAGAAAUUGACGGCCGUCUCCAAAUCGUAACCUAUACUAUAACAAGUUCUAGGAGCACUUCUCGCAUCACUGAUCGUGGGUUGCACGCACAAUCCAAGCUGGCUUCUUGUUCCAUUCUUCAGAAACCAUGCCUUUUCUACCAAGGCUCCGGAAAGGACGUGAACUUCUAUAACCUGACCGACGGCUCCACCACUACGGUGAAAAACACUGGCGGAAUGGCUUUGGGCUCGCAGCUUGCCGCGACUACCGUGGGAGAUGCCAUCUACGUAUACUUCCGUACUGACGACAACAAGCUGGUUCGGGUCCAGGGGUCGGGUCUCAAGUGGACUGGACAGCAGGAAGUGUCUAGCCAUGAAAUUAACGCCGACUCCAACAUCAGUCUAGUGGUUCAUGCAACUCCAGAGGGAGAGACUGACAUCCAUCAUUUUUUCUGGAGCGGCACGGAGCCCAUCCAUGAGUCAGUCACCAGUGAUGAGCAGGCUUUCUUGGACAUGAUGGAACAGGAUGACGAUGACAUAGUGGUAGUCGAGUACUGA